CAGAUCUCUGACCUUACUUAUAAGAGAGAUCCUGUCUGGCUCUGUGUUCCUUCCUUCUUUGGAUUUCCUAGCUGAUCCAGAUACUGUGAAUCAUUUGCUUAUCAUCUUCAUAGAUGACAGUCCACCUGAAAAAGCAACUGAACCGGCUUCUCCUUUGGUUCCAUUCUUGCAGAAAUUUGCAGAACCUAGAAAUAAAAAGCCGUCUGUGUUGAAGUUAGAAUUGAAGCAAAUCAGAGAGCAACAAGAUCUUUUAUUUCGUUUUAUGAACUUUCUGAAACAAGAAGGAGCGGUGCACGUGUUGCAGUUUUGUUUGACUGUGGAGGAAUUUAAUGAUAGAAUUUUACGACCAGAAUUAUCAAAUGAUGAAAUGCUGUCUCUUCAUGAAGAAUUGCAGAAGAUUUAUAAAACAUACUGUUUGGAUGAAAGUAUUGACAAAAUUAGAUUUGAUCCCUUCAUUGUAGAAGAGAUUCAAAGAAUUGCUGAAGGGCCAUACAUAGAUGUUGUGAAACUUCAAACUAUGAGAUGUCUUUUUGAAGCAUAUGAACAUGUUCUUUCCCUCUUGGAGAAUGUAUUUACCCCUAUGUUCUGCCAUAGUGAUGAGUAUUUUAGACAACUUUUAAGAGGUGCAGAAUCACCAACACGCAAUUCAAAAUUCAACAGAGGUAGCCUAAGUUUGGAUGAUUUUCGGAACACACAGAAAAGGGGAGAAUCAUUUGGAAUCAGCAGAAUAGGCAGCAAAAUUAAAGGAGUAUUCAAAAGUACCACAAUGGAGGGAGCUAUGUUGCCUAAUUAUGGUUUAGCUGAAGGUGAAGAUGAUUUUAUUGAAGAAGGUAUUGUUGUAAUGGAAGAUGAUUCUCCAGUGGAGGCUGUGAGCACACCUAAUACUCCCCGAAACCUUGCUGCAUGGAAAAUUAGCAUUCCAUAUGUAGACUUCUUUGAGGAUCCCUCCUCUGAAAGGAAGGAGAAAAAAGAGAGAAUUCCUGUGUUUUGUAUUGAUGUUGAAAGAAAUGAUAGAAGAGCAGUUGGACACGAGCCUGAACACUGGUCUGUCUAUAGAAGAUAUCUUGAAUUCUAUGUGCUUGAAUCAAAAUUAACAGAAUUUCAUGGUACAUUUCCUGAUGCCCAGCUUCCUUCUAAGAGGAUUAUUGGCCCCAAAAAUUAUGAAUUCUUAAAGUCAAAGAGGGAAGAGUUCCAGGAAUAUCUACAGAAACUUCUGCAGCAUCCAGAACUGAGUAAUAGUCAACUUCUGGCAGACUUUCUUUCCCCUAAUGGUGGGGAAACACAGUUUCAUGAUAAGAUACUACCAGAUGUAAACCUUGGGAAAAUUAUAAAGUCUGUUCCUGGAAAACUAAUGAAAGAGAAAGGUCAGCAUUUGGAACCUUUUAUCAUGAGUUUCAUUAAUUCUUGUGAAUCUCCAAAGCCUAAACCAAGUAGACCAGAACUGACCAUUCUCAGCCCUACUUCAGAAAACAACAAGAAGCUUUUCAAUGAUCUGUUUAAAAAUAAUGCAAACCGUGCUGAAAAUACAGAAAGAAAGCAAAAUCAGAAUUAUUUUAUGGAGGUGAUGACUGUAGAAGGAGUCUAUGACUACCUGAUGUAUGUAGGACGUGUAGUUUUCCAGGUUCCUGACUGGCUUCAUCAUCUCUUAAUGGGAACUCGAAUCCUCUUUAAAAACACCCUGGAUAUGUAUACUGAUUACUAUCUUCAGUGUAAACUAGAACAGCUAUUUCAGGAACACCGUUUGGUCUCACUCAUAACACUUCUUCGAGAUGCUAUAUUCUGUGAAAACACUGAACCUCGCUCUCUCCAAGAUAAGCAGAAAGGAGCAAAACAGACUUUUGAAGAAAUGAUGAAUUACAUUCCAGAUCUGUUAGUCAAGUGUAUUGGUGAAGAAACCAAGUAUGAAAGCAUCAGACUUCUGUUUGAUGGCUUACAGCAGCCAGUACUCAACAAGCAGCUGACUUAUGUUUUAUUGGACAUUGUGAUACAGGAGCUGUUUCCAGAGCUCAAUAAGGUACAAAAGGAAGCUACCUCUGUGACACCUUGGAUUUAAACACUUGGAUUUGGUAUAGGAUAACCCAUUGAAAUUUCUGCUGUGGUAGGGUGGUAGAAAUGUACUUUUUUGGUUAUAUUCUUAUAUAUAUCAUGUACAUCACUGUCUUAAAUUUUAAUUUUUUUUUUAAUAAAGACUAACACAAAUUUAAUAAUAAUUAAAAGUGAUUGAGUCUCAUAGCCUGUCAUUUGCUAUCUGUGAUCCAGAUUUUAUUAGAGCAUGUGUCACUUGUUAUUGCCAUUUUUAAAAGAGAAAAUACAUAAUGAUGUUAGGGCUAACAGUUAAGACUGAUAACCUUCAUAUUGUAUAACUUUGAAAAUAAUUGUGCCUAGUAUGGAGAAACAGGAGUUAGAUCUGAUUUUCUUUAUUUAGAGUUAAUAUAUUUAAGUAGAUUGAUUUUCCUUUUUUUUUUGUUUUGUACAUAGUUAACUGUGUACCUAUAAAUAAUAUAUCCUAUAUGAGUUUUUCAUAAUAAACAAGGGAUCUCUCCUUAUUCUUGCUGGGUGUCUGA